AUCAGAACCCGUGACCUCAGAAGCAGGCAGUGAAGCUAGGCGGCUCGACCACAGUAUCCAGCUCUAAAAUAUCCUCGUAAACAAACGCAAAAUACGUUAAAAGACGAGAUUUAUCCACUUGAAAACGGAAAAUUGUUUACUGCAGUGUAUCUUCCGAUCCGGACCCGGUGCAAUCCUGCCCAGUUUUUACCCACGCCCACACCUUAAGACCUUGUGAUUGGUUUUCUGUUUUGGUCAGGCGAUGGUGCGGGGUGUGUGGGCGGUGCUCCGGAUGGUGUCUUGCGAAGGAGCCGCUGUGCUGAAAUCAAACAUACCUCGCGCUGGCAGAGUUGCUGCACUACGGCAUCGAUCCACCUACGAACCUGUCACCCACAGAGCACUGUCGAGCGAGGCGAGACACCUACAGUCUGCAGUCAGAAUGCCCGAGAUAACAACUGAUCACCUGGAUGAGAAGCAGGUGCAGCUUCUGUCGGAGAUGUGCAUCCUCAUCGACGAGAACGACCAGAAGAUUGGUGCAGACACAAAGAAAAACUGCCACCUAAACUCAAACAUUGACAAAGGUUUACUACACAGAGCUUUCAGCGUGUUCAUUUUCAACAGCGAAGAGAAGCUGCUCUUACAACAGAGGUCUGAUGCCAAAAUCACAUUUCCAGGCUGUUUCACAAACACAUGCUGCAGUCACCCUCUACACACAGACAGUGAGCUGGAGGAGAAGGAAGUUAUAGGAGUGAGGAGAGCUGCUCAGAGGAGACUUGAAGCUGAACUGGGAAUCCCAAUGGAGCAGGUGAAACCAGAUGAAAUGACGUACCUGACAAGGAUCCACUACAAGGCCCAGUCAGACGGUGUGUGGGGAGAACAUGAAAUUGACUACAUCCUCUUCAUGCAGAAGAACGUGGAGUUGAGCCCAGACCCCAAUGAGAUUAAAAGCCACUGCUACGUGAGCAAGGAGGAGCUGAAGGAGAUGUUAGAGAAGGCCAAGCGCAAAGAACUGGAGAUCACACCCUGGUUCAGCCUCAUCGCAGAGACCUUCCUCUUCCAGUGGUGGGACAAUCUGCAGAACCUCAAGCAGUUCAUGGAUCACAAAAAUAUCCACCGCAUGUAACCAAAACCAGGAUCGGGCUCCAGUCAUUUCACACCUGUGGUUGUAGUAGUAGUACUUGCUUGACAUGCAGGCACAGCCAGCUGAGCUGCUAGAAACACCCAACGCUCUGAAAUACAAGUAUCACAGUCUACUUUUCCCAAGGAAGUAGUACCUGUAGUAUUUCUACAACGAAAGAGGAGGCAGAGAAUGUUUAAGUCUUGCUAAACGUGGUGAUAUGGUUCAUAGUGGAUUUGUAGCUCUGAGAUGCAUUCAUCUACACAAGUUGAUGCUGGUAGGGAUACUCUUAAUCUUAAGUAUUUAGUUCACAAAUAUAUAAUGGAAUCAAUUCUGGUAAGCUGCACACUGGAUUUACAGAGUGAAAUCAAGUAAUUAGAAGGAAGAAAAAUGCAAUCUCGUUAUUGACCACUAAAUGAAGAGAAUAGACUAUUUUUAUAUAAAAUCUUAAAAGUGCCUGAGUACUGGUCAUUAGGUUGAGAUGAUUAGUGUCUCCAGGUACUGAUCAUGUCACAACAACUAAAUCUGUGUAUGGUCCACAAUGUCAGUGAACAAGCUCUGUCUUUGCACUCUUUUACACAAUAAAGUGUUGGAUUGUGGUCAUUGGUAGUACAUGGCUGUAUUUAUAUGAAUAUAAAAGAACACCUUGAUAUAAAUAAUGUGACAAUAUUAAGUGAUCAAAAUAUCCCCCAUUCAAUAAUGAUUUGGUAAAAUAGAUGGCAGAAAAUGGUGUUUUGGACUUAGUGUAGCAGUAGAGGGCAGAAAAAGCUUACAUUUCACCUGCUAAUUAUCAAAAGCUCACUGCACGUCAGUUAAAAUAACAGCAACAAUCUCAAACAUGUAUAUGUACUUAAAGUCGUACCCAUUCGGCAUCUGCUUUUAAAAACCUUUUUACAACUUCACAUUAUCAAAACCCAAUCACAUAUAUUGUCUCUUAUGUAUAUUUAUAUGCUAAAAUGACCACAAG